AUGAACAAUGAAACAAACCCCUGUUUUAUACACAAUAAUUUUGGCACAUUUAUUGUGUACAUUACGGUACUAAUCAGCUCCAUAUCAGUAUCAGAAAGCCUUCUUGUAGUUUGUGUAAUAUGGUUUACAGAAAGACUACAAAGAAACACAGACAUCCUCGUCGCAUCUUUAGCAAUCAAUGAUUUGAUACUGGGUUUUGCAUUUACCAGCAAUCAGAUCCUGACUGUUCCGCUAGGAGUGGUAUAUCCCAUUGACACAAAACUCCUGAGCUGUAUAGUCUCUGGACUUAGCUCGGGCACUACCAAUCUCUCUAUGAUGCAUAUGGGGAUGAUAGCAAUCGACCGUUAUAUUCAAAUAGCGUAUCCGUUUUAUUACAUGAAAGCGAUGACAAAGACACGGACGUAUUCUAUUCUACUUGUGUUAUGGAUAGUCAAUUUUAUUUUUUUCAUUAUCCCUCCGACAGUCUACAAUAAUGAUCAGUAUCACAAGCGUUGUAUUCUACUACAUCAACCAAUUGUCUACUACAGUGCGGGAUUUACUACUUACGUCACAAGCCUCGUCUUGGUGUUCGUCUGCUACCUUAAAAUCGCCCAUGUAGCCUUUAGACACAAGAAAGCUUCAGAGUCCCGAAGACGGGACGUUACGAUCACACAAGCAGAGAUUCACCUCAGGAAUAACGUGAGGACCGCUUUGAGAA